CCACCCCCCCGCCCCUCCUCCCCACAUGGACUCAUCCCUCGCCCGGGCACUAUAAAAAGUCCGGUCUUGCUGAAGUUGUUCAGUCUCGUCAAGAACUCCACCAGACCACCAUCAUGAAAUUUGCGGCUCUUGCUCUCGCCCUUCUGCUGGCUGUCGGCUCUCAUGCCGCUUCCAUGCAGGCAGAUGCACCCUCUCAGCUGGAACAUGCCCGGGCUGUUUUGGAUGUCUACCUGACUCAGGUGAAAGACAUGUCCCUCAGAGCCGUGAACCAGCUUGAUGACCCUCAGUACGCCGAGUUCAAGACCAACCUUGCUCAGCGCAUUGAGGAAAUGUACAAUCAGAUCAAGACUCUUCAGGCUUCCGUUUCCCCCAUGACCGACAGCUUCUACAGCACCGUUAUGGAAGUCACAAGGGACACCCGUGAAUCUCUCAACGCUGAUCUUGACGCUCUGAAAACAUCACUUGGGCCCCAGCAGGAACAGCUGAAGGAGGUCAUCGAGAGGCACAUCAACGAUUACCGCACCUUGCUGACACCCAUCUACAAUGACUACAAGACCAAGCACGAUGAGGAAAUGGCAGCCCUGAAGACCAAGCUGGAGCCCGUCCUGGAGGAGCUGCGCACCAAGAUUCAAACCAACGUGGAGGAGACCAAGGGUGUCCUGAUGCCCAUGGUUGAGACCGUGCGUUCCAAGGUCACCGAACGUCUGGAGAACUUGAGGGAAGUUGUUCAGCCCUACGUUCAAGAAUACAAGGAGCAGAUGAAGCAGAUGUAUGAUCAGGCCCAGAACGUCGACACCGACGCGCUCAAAGCGAAGAUUACGCCUUUAGUCGAUGAGAUCAAGGUUAAGGUGAACGCCAUCUUCGAGAUCAUCGCUGCCUCCGUCACCAAGAACUAAAGCCUCCCUACCUUGUUCCUGUAACUAACCUCACCCACCUGUCUCUCCUAGAUCCGUUCCAUCUUUCUCUCCAUUCCGCCUUUGCUUACAUGCACACACAGACCACUUUUCGAAAUGAAGCCGAGGCCUUUCUGAUGCACUGCAACAAAAUGACAGGACUCACGCUCUCUUUCUUUCUUCCGUGCAAACACCUUCGCGCACGCCCGCUCAAGCACAUGCAAGCAAAGACCCCAUACAGACACGUACACAAGCACAAACACACAUGCAUCUUCGCGUUCGACAGCCGACUGCUUACCUUUUGUGUAGGAACUGUAUGUGAAUUGUCUAAAUUGCCUUCAAGUCUGUGCAAUGACGCUUGUCUGAAAACUGUGCUUUGAUGAAAUACAGCUCAAUAAACAUCUGACUGUUUAUACUA